AUGCCGACCGGCGAGACGCUAAAGGCAGGGACUCAAUCUGAAUCACCAGUGCCGCCGCCGCCGCCUACACCGACGGCGACAGCCUCGUCCUCCCCAGCGUCGACCCGCCAACGUCGCCACCGCACCUUCUCCUCAUCGUCGUCUUCGUCCUCGUCGUCCCUCUCCACGGUGUCCUCGGCGGCAUCCUCGCCGUCGCUGUCCCCGCGCGGCCGCGGCACCACCACCACCUCCGUUCCCUUCUCCUGGGAACACCACCCGGGCAUCCCCAAGACGCGCCUUAUCCCCGCCGGCACGCCGUCCUCCGCGCCCACGCCGCUCCCGCUCCCGCCGCCGCUUCGGGCGCCGCCGACGACGACGUCAAGGCCGCGCCACCAACAGCACGCCCGGCGCCGACGCUCCCGCGGAAAUCCGCCGCCGGCCGACGACGCGGCGGACCCCUUCGCCGCGGCGCUCGUGGAGUGCACCAGGGAGCGCGGCGCCGGCGCGGGAUCGGACGACGCCGGCCUCAUGGACGCGCUGUUCCCCGCGCGGGCGCCGCCAGCGCCCACCAGCCGGCGGUGGUCCAUCGCGUCCGCCGGCGGGGUCGUCGGGCUCCUGGACCUGUAUGGGUGCAAGAGCGCCAUGGGCGGCGUCGCGGAGGGCGCCUUCGUGGCGCGCCGCCCGGUGGCGGUGGUCCGCGCGGGCCCGGGCCGGGCCGGACGCAGAUGA